AAAAGUAAAGGUUUUCAAAUUUUAUAAACAAGUUAAAGUUUCUUUUUUUUAUCAAAAAUGAAAGCAGAAUUCAAAGCAAAGAUUUUAUCUGGAAAUGUGAUAAUAGUGGAAUCAAAAGGAUUUGACCCAGAAUUAUUUGUGCCAGUUAUUCGGAAAAAUCGUAUCACACUUUUAAAUUUUAUAGAAAACAGAAGAUGUGCAUGUGAAAAUAUUAAUCAAACAUCCAUUUCAAAUGUAAAAUCACUUAGUAAAACCAGUUCACUAGAUCUGGUUGAAACACUAGAUCAAAAUAGAGGUUCCGCUUUAUCACCACCCGAUAUUGUCCGAAGAUGCAAAGAAAUCAAUGUUUUAACACCAAUAAAAGUUCAACAAAAUUAUUUAAAAUCAAAAGUAAGUUCCAUAUCUCCAAUCAAUAAAUUUAAGGUUGUGGAAUUAUUCAGAAACCCAACGAAAGAUAGUCCGAAAAAGGUUGGAAAAUUAAUUUUAAAUAGACAAAGCAUACAAAAUGAAUGUAGUAUACAAAAUGAUUUCCCAAAUCCCGCUUUUAAAGAAAAUAUUAAUCCUAUAGCAUAUUCCGAAACAGAUUUUUCAACUCCACCUAGUAAAAAAUCAAAAAUAUGUAAAAAACAAUAUCGAAAAUCACCCAAAAGAAGUAUAACUAAAUGGCGGAAAUGUAUUACACCGCUUAGAACAUAUUCACGAAAACAAAUUUUUCAAAAUACAAAAAAGAAUCAACCCCCAACACCAAGAGUUGUACCAAUCGAAGAUAUAGAUUUACCCGAUUACGUACGAAACCCAACAGCAGGAAUAUGCAGCGAUGUUCUUGUAAUAAUUAGGAAAAAAAAGCUUAUAAGAGAUAGCAAAAUCCAUAUAAAUGCGAAGAAAAUUACGGAACAACUAUGUAAUACUUCCGAUUUGCAACAGAAAAAGGUUUGCUUACCCAAAUUAAAAGCAGAAUUUAAUAAUUCGAAGUACCUACAACCAUAUGAUCUUCUAACAAAUUUGUGUAGAAAAAAUAUCAGUAGUAAACUUACGGAAAUGUUUAAAACACGCUGCGUCAAGAAAAGUUGUUCAACACGGCCUAAUUAUCUAAAAUUGAUUGGAAAAAUUGACGAUUUAGAGAAGAAGAAUGUCGACUUGCUUAAACAAAAAUGUCUUGAACCUAGAAAACUCGUUAUUUAA